AUGGUGCGCCGGAGCAACGCCGAAGAUGACCGUGAAACUCCGAAUCGACAGAGGUCUGGGAAAGACAAAGUUGAAGGUUAUAGAAGAUUCUUGGGGUUUGAUCAUUGUUUGUCCAAUGAUAUAGGACAAAUUUGGCGUUUCUGGUCUAGAAACUUCAAUGCCAAUAUGGUUUGGGAAGAUGAUCAAAAAAUCACUAUUAACUUGAAGGAUGCUUACGGAGGAAAUGAAAUGUACAUUACAAUAGUCUAUGCUAAGUGCACAGCAGAAGAAAGAAUGGAUUUAUGGGAUAGUCCGGUACAAUUUGAAUCUCAGAUUAAUGGAUCUUGUUGUGGUGUUACAGAUGCAGGGUAUGUGGGUUCUACCUUUACCUGGUGUAAUAAUUGGAGUCCUAGGAGGAGAAUAUGGAAGAGAUUAGAUAGAAUGUUUAAUGAUGAUUGGAUGCAGAAAUUUCAAAGCACCGUUGUCAGGCACAUCAGCAGAUCUGGUUCUGAUCAUAGGCUCUUGCUUAUGAAGUGUCAAAUAGAUCAAAAGAAAUUUGUAAAGUACUUUAAAUUCCUGGACUUUUGGGUUGAACAACCAGAUUUCUACGAUCUGAUCCAAGGGGAAGAGAGAAUUGCCAAAGCUGCAGUGAGGCAUUUUCAGAAGAUAUUCAACCUUCCUCCUGUCAAUGUAGACGAGAAUGUUUUGAUUUGCAUCAGGCAAUUUAUCACUGAGGAAGACAAUCUACAACUAUCACAAGUUCCUGAGGAAAGACCAGCUGGAUUUAAUAGGACCUUUUACCAGAAGUGUUGGGGAAUUAUCAAAGAAGAUGUGGUUAAAUUUGUUCAGAGCUUCUUCAAAGGGAAAAUGCUGACUAAGUUCUACACUCAUACAUGCCUGGUAUUGAUUCCCAAAGUACAGUCUCCUUCCAACUUUGCAGAACUGAGGCCAAUUAGUCUCAGCAACUUCUCUGCUAAGAUAAUUUUGAAAGUAUUGGCUAGGAGACCUCAUCCAUUGUUGCCGAGAUUGAUUUCAAAAAAUCUGAGUGGAUUUGUGAAUGGCAGACUUAUUACAGCUAAUAUGUUGUUAGCUCAAGAGAUAGUGCAUGGUAUUUCUCAGCCAAACACAUGUGGAAGGAAGAAACUGCCACUAUUUGAUGAUUUGGUGAAUAAAAUCAUAAAGAAAAUACAUGGAUGGCAGGGGAAGUUUCUGUCUUAUGGUGGCAAAAUCACUCUGAUCGAACAUGUUCUUCAAGAUGUCCCUACAUAUACCCUUGCGGCAAUGCACCCUCCUAAAGAGACUUUCAAGUUGAUAGAGAAGCACUUGAGAGGUGGAACUAAUUUUUGGUGGGAAAAUUGGACAACUAAGGGAGCUCUCCUAAUUCCUAAUCGGUCUAGAGCUGCUAAGGAUAUUGUUCAAGACUAUAUCAUAGAAGUUGAGAGGUUUAGACCAAUUCCCAUAUGGAAAGUAGUUAAGUGGAUUAGGCCUCCCAAUGGCAUAGUUAAAAUCAACAUUGAUGAAAGUUUUGCCAGAGGAAAGGCUGGGAUUAGAGGCAUUAUUAGAACUGAGCAGAGAACGAUGAUCAUGGCUUUCUCCAUGCCAAUUUCGUGGGCUACCAACAACCAAGCAGAGGCACUAGCUGCGAAAUUUGGAAUUCAAUGGUGUUUGCAGAAUGGUUUUCAAGAAUACAUACUUGAACUCGAUCGACUCCUUGAUCAUUGCGGAUAUGCUGAAGAUGAGAAGAUGGAGGACAUACAUAUCCUAUCCCAAGUUAAUUGUAGUAUUUAA